AUGGCCGAUCUGCCGGAUGAUGUCAGGCGGCUGCACGCGGACGUCGAGCGGGUGGUGAUGCGCAACCGUGUGAUCGACCUGGACAAGAACCGCAUCAAGUGCCGCAACCGGAACCGUAUCUGGCCACGGCCAUCCAGUUUUCUGAGCUUCUUCAAGCAAUCGCUCGGUUCGUCGAGCUCGGCCUCGUCCUCCAGCAUACUGACCAGUGGUGGUGCCGACGCUGAUGCUGCGGAUGGCCCCGGUUCGUCCAGCGAUCGGGCCGCUUCGCAGCCACCGUCCGAUCGUCCGCCGCAGCAAAAGCUGGACCUCAACAUGAUCCGCAAGCUGGAGGAGGAGAUCUACAAGCGUGGCCGCGAGCAGCGACCACCGGACGAGGAGGCGAAAGACUUCCACGAGUUCUACUUCAACCACGGUGGCUGUGGCCGUCCUGGGCACCGCCCGGGAUCGGAGCGCAAGACGUUCACGGGAACCGAUACGAGUGCCUUCAACGGGACCGAUCACCGUGCGGUCCUGCUGGUCGAUCCGAGCUCCCUGGAGCCUUUGCUGCUGAAGCGACCGCUCAGCGCGGACGAGUCACAGCUAAUACCGCCGACGCCGCCUCCACCGCUACCACCGACCCAGCAGCAGCAGGAGGGUCCGAAAUCGAUCAUCAUCGUCGACAACAGCCGGUACUACCCGGUGCUGAUGCGGUACGACAUCAACGCGGACCAGAUCGAGCGCCAGCGGGAACAGCAGCUGCAGUUCCGCCGCCAGCGGUCCGAAAAGCUUAAAAUAGACACCGGUGCCCCGAAAAGCUAUCGGCCACCGGCCCCGCCACCACCACCACCACCGCCUCUAGUCAGAUCCGCCGCCGCGAAUCUCUUUCAGCGCUUCCUGCAGCAACGGCGCAGUCUAAAUCUCUCGGUGCGCCGUAAGAACCGUAGCGGCGGCGGCGCAGGUGGGCGAUGCCCACCGGCCGAGUGUCCCCAUUUGCCACCGCCACCACCGGAACACCUCGUGGUCCGCCGGCGUCCUCCCGUGGGCUAUGGUGGCGAUCGGAGGCGAUCGACGGAGCCGAACAAGCUGAAGUUCGAGUACCUGAAGCGGCUGGCCCGAUACGACCCACCCAAGCCGGGCCACGGAUUUCAGCCGGGGCGGCAGCGAGUGGUUAGCGAACCGGAUCUGGUAUCGCGGCAGAACUGGAAGAGUGACGGCUUCGUGCAGCACCUGCGGCGUUACCGACGCGGUGGCGGCAAGGCCCUGCACUGGAGCACCGGUGACCUGGCCGGCCUUGGCCGGAUGGUCGAGAGUGGCAGAAACUUUGAAAACAUUUUUGACAGCACCAGCGAUCACCUGUCGGCCCGGUUGUCUGCCACUGCCGCCGUCACCGCCCAAGUGACGUCCAGCUCGAGCUCCUCGUCGGUACCCCUGUCGACGGGCGGUUCCGGAUCGACGAUCUCCUCCACGGCAACCACCUCCACGACGGGGAGUAGUUCCUCCGGCCAGCAGCAGCGUGUUCUGCAGCGCCGCCUAAUGGCCGCACUCGGUGGUAGGCAUCAGGGUGCCAACAAGCCACCCAUUUCGGCCCAGUCUGCCACUUCACUGGCGGCCGGCUCCGGCUCAGGUUCCGGCCCUGGCAUCUUGCGAAAGAAGUCCUCCUCGUUCCGUGGGGUCCUACGACGCAGCAACACUCCGGAUGUCGUCAACACGUGGGUGUACCGCAAAAGCUACGAUGGUUCCGGAAACGGUCUAGGAGAGCCCCCGUACCACCGGGGGCACGGUAGCCCGCACGCGUCGCCCUCGCGCUACUCCUACAACAACACUGCCAAGGGUGGCCCGCUCCUGCAGCAUUGGCGCACGUCGAGUGCCGGUGCGUCGGACUUCAAACGCAACUCACGUCUCCGGAGUUCGGCCAACGCAGCCCUCGCCGCUGCUGGAGGCUCCCACGGCCAUCAGCAGCAGCACCAGCACCACCACCACCACCAGCACCAUCAUCACAGCGGCGGCAACAUGGGUGAUCUGAAUGUACCGCGUGGCCACUCGCCCCACUUCAGCCCAUCGCGGCAGACGACGCAAACGGGCGAUACGCAGACGCUGCACGUGCACCUGCCGAACCAGGGCUUCCGGAUGAUCCGGUUCGACGAGGCGUCGGACGUGCGGCAGAUCAUCAACCUGAUCGUGGGCUGGAUGUCGCCGGGCCACAAGACCAACCCGCAGAGCUACGCGCUCCGGCUGCGCCACAUGCUUACCAAAGAGGUCCUCUGGAUGCCGCCGGACACGUCGAUGUCGCAGGUGAUGGCCCACAUCUACAACCCGUCCUGCAGCAACGCGGACUGCCCGAACGUGGACAAGAGCACGAUCGCGAAGCGGAUGCAGCAGAAGGCGAGCGGGGCGGUCGGGCACGCGAACAGCGUGUGGAAGGCGGAGCUGCGCGUCCGGUACAUCCCGAAGAGCUUGCGCGAGCUGUACGAGAAGGACCGCACCACGUGCCACUUCUACUUCGACCAGGUCAAGCAGGACUACAUCCAGUCGAACGUGCCGCACAUCGACCCGGACACGGCGGUCCAGCUGUGCUGCCUCGGCAUCCGGCACUACUACAAAGACACUAACCAUACCUCGAGCGACCGGAAGCAGCAUCUCGACUACAUCGAGAAGGAGAUGGGCUUCGGCAACUUUCUACCGAAAACUGUGAUAGAUACGAUUAAACAGAAGAAUCUGAAGAAGCAGAUCCAGGCCGGCUACAAGAAGGUGUACGGCUACACGGAGAUGGAGUACAUGCUCAAGUUCUUCGAUCUCCUCCGCACGCAGUACACGUUCGACCAGGAGCAGUUCAACGUGCAGCUGAGCAGCGGGUGGAACAUUCGCGUCGAUCUCAUCAUCGGCCCGCACGUGGGCCUCUCGUACUCGGUGAACCCGCAGGCACCGCCGACGAAGGUGACCGACUUCGAGAGCAUCGAGCGGAUCACCACCAGCGUGCUGGCGACGUCGCUGACGAAGAGCGCGGCGGACCAGUCGAAGGCAGGACGGGAUCAGCCGGAUCUGACGAGUUCGUGCGGGGCGGCUAGCAGCAGUGCCUCGUCCGGGAGCGAGUCCGGCAGCCGGAAGGACGGGGGCCCCAGCAAGCGAACGGCCGGAGCGGGUGCGCAGUGCGCUUGCGGUGAGAUCAAGACGCAGCUGCGGAUCCGCGUGGCCGGCAACAGCGAAGACCUGGCGAUCACCUGUGAUGGUAUUAAGACUUCCGAGAGCAUAGCGGAUCUAGUCGAUGGUUACUGUAGGUUGUUCAACAACAACGACGCCAGCCUGUGGGACCGUAGCGCCGCCGUCAUACCAAAGGCCGUGGGGUCCACCCCGACCGGGAGUGCUACGAAUUCGCUCGAGAAGAGCCAGCUCAAGCGCAGCCUCACGGAGUCACAAACGGCGCCGUCGCCGAUGGGCGGAGAGUCCGGCUCCGGCAACACCCGCUCGAGCACGGACCGAUUGAACGGCGGAGGGGCCAGCAGUGGUGAGGACGCACAGACUCAGGGCCCGGCCGGCGGUGGCGGUGGCGGUGGCGGCAGUGGGCAACAACCGAAACCGACGCUCAACGAGGACUACGCCGAGUUGGGGCUGUGCGACGACGAGGGCGACUACUCGACACCGGCCGCCCGGGAUUACGAGCUCGAUCGGACGCAGAUCACACUGAACGACAUCAUCGGUGUGGGCCAGUUCGGGGACGUGCACAUCGGAACGUGCCGGUUGCCGAAGCAGUCGACGCUGGUCAGCAAACUGAACCAAUCGCUGACGGCCGAGUUCGACGAGUACUCGCAGCUGGUGAUGGACAGCGGGAAUGCCGAGGCACAGAAGACGGGCAUCAUACAGGUGGCGGUUAAGACGUGCAAACCGGACGCGGACACUACGACGUCGGAGAAGUUCCUGCAGGAAGCAUAUAUUAUGAAAAAGUUUGAGCACCCGCACAUUAUCAAGCUGAUCGGAAUCUCCAGCGGUCCACCGAUUUGGAUCGUGAUGGAGUUGGCGCGUCACGGCGAGCUGCGGGCGUAUCUGAAGAAGAACGGUUCCAAGAUGAAGCUGGGAACUCUUCUGCUGUACUCGUACCAGCUGUCGACGGCGCUCAGCUAUCUGGAAUCGAAAAAGUUCGUUCACCGCGAUAUCGCCGCACGCAACGUGCUCGUUAGCUCACCGACGUGUAUUAAGCUUGCCGAUUUUGGACUCUCAAGAUGGGUUGAAGACCAGUCUUACUACACUUCCACCAAAGGGAUGCUUCCGAUCAAGUGGAUGGCACCGGAAUCGAUCAACUUUCGGCGCUUUACGACGGCCAGCGAUGUGUGGAUGUUUGGUGUUUGCACGUGGGAGAUUCUCAUGCUGGGCGUGAAACCAUUCCAGGGGGUGAAGAACUGCGAUGUGAUCGGAAAACUGGAGAACGGUGAACGUUUGCCGCUGCCGGCGAACUGUCCGCCACGCCUCUACUCGCUAAUGUCCCAGUGCUGGUCACUGGAGCCGCACAAGCGACCCAACUUUAAAAACGUCAAGGAAACGCUCCACGAAAUUCUGAUGGAGGAACGCCACACUGACUGUGAGACGAUGCGCCGCGAGAACCGUCGGGUGGCCGCAAUGUCGUGGGGAGCCGGUGACGAUAUGGCACCACCGAAGCCGGCCCGAGGACCGACAAUGGGUGCCGAUGGUCCCCUUAUGCCGAAUGCACCGCAGACCUACAUCGUUGCCCGCGACCCGACCGUCCUGGCGGCGCUGAUGCGCGAGAACGAGCAGCGGGGCAUCAACCCGUCGUCGUACACGACACCAGCCUCGCAGCAACACCAGACGCAACAGCCGUACUACCCGCAGGGCAACGCGAUCGUCACCUACCAGCAGUACCAUGCGCAGCAGCAGCAAGCGCUCGCCGCCGAGCAGUACUACCAGCAGCAGCAGUACGCCCUGCAACAGCAGGCCGCCAAUUAUUCACCGUACGGUUGUGCCCCCGGCGCUGGCGGGAUGAGCGGUCCGUCGUAUCCCUCGCCGGCGUACGUUAAGUCUCCGCAACAGGAGGAGUCGCAACCGGGCGGUGCCAAGUCACGCAGUCUCGAGCGAAACGUGGGCCAGAACAUUGUGUCCGCGUACGCCGCCCGUAUCAACUCGCUGGAGCGCACUCGCCAAAUGAGCAUGGAGUACGGUGGUGGCGGUUCCGGUGGCGGCGGAUCGGCCAAAGCCAUGCGUUCCAACUCGCUCACGCGCCAGUACAGUGGAGGAACUCAGUCCGAUCUCUAUCCGGGCGUUGGGCAUGGGGUUCGAUCUGCCAGCCUGGAGCGGGGAGCACCUGGUCCGCCCGGAAGCUACAUGGCUCGCAUGGGAAGCCUGGAGCGCAAUCAGCACCAGCAGCAGCAGCAGCAGCAACAGCAGCAGUCGCCGCAAUCGAUCUUCCUGAACUCGAUCAAGGGCGGCAGCUUGGAGCGCAAUCAGUCGGCCGCGAUCGUGAGCGAUAUGAUGAGUGGCAAGAUGGCGUACAAGGGUGGCAGCCUGGAGCGCAACCAGCACAUCCUGAUGAGCCGGGGCGGCGGAGGGAGCCUGGAGCGCAACAUGCCGUUCCAGAACUACCGCAGCCCGGUGGCGGCCGCCCCGAAGGAACAGGAACCGUUUCAGGAGGAAAUUUACGAUUUCGGCGGAGUGAACGUAAAGUCUUGCGCAUCGAUCGCGCUAAAGAAGAGCGUCGAGAAGGGCAUGCUGCCACCCAGCUCGUUGGCCGUUUCGCCAGGUCUACCGACGGGCGGGGCCAAUUUUGCCCUACCGCCACCCUACAGUUCCGCUAGCAAGCAACAACAGGGAACACCGCAGAGGGCUCACUGGGGUGUGCCGGCUGGCAUCCAUCAGCAGCAACAACAAAUGUACGCACAGCAACCGCACCCGGGAAGCGGCAUGCUGUUGUCGCAGGGUCAGGCUGGUCCCUCGGGCCCCAUUAUAGGCAUUGCGUCCUCGCAGCAGGUACAGAUCCCGAUGAAGAUCUCCCACAGCCAAACGAUCGCUCAACAAGCGCAACCAGUGCUUGGUCCGCAAACCGUGCAGAUGGUCAGCUCGAUCGCACAGCCUCCGGUUGGACAUUCGGUGGCCGAACCGGCACCGACGGCCAUGGGCCAGACUCAACAGCAGCAACCAGUGCAACAGAUUCAGGAAUCGCAACAGAACCUCGAGGAGAAGCUGCGUAAACAGCAACAGGAGAGCGAAAUCGAUUCCAAGUGGCUGCAGCAAGAGGAAAACAAUCUGAAGAAGCGGCUCAGUCUGAUCACGGCGGCCGCUGGCAAUAUGUCGCUCGAGCAGCAGUGCGGUGUAGCGGUUCCGCCGGACGGUGGGGGCACUCCUCCGGUUAAUGGUGGCGGUUCGUCUUCGCUCUCCGGCAGCUACCAUUCGCAGCAAAGUCCACACUUUUCACCUCAGAACACCAUGUCCGGGCCGCAAAGUUUGGGUGACCACUAUCCCACCACACCGAAUACGACCGAUUCGAGGCCACAUACGCCCGGUUCCGGCGGAAUGAUCAAAUCGAAAAGCUCAUCGAUGGAACGGUGCACUACGCCGCAGUCGGGCGACGAGAAGUUUGCGGUGAAGAAGGUGGAACCGACCAAGACGAUGCCGCUCGAUCGGACGAACGAUAUGGUGUACAACGCGACCACGAGCGUGGUCAAGUCGAUUAUGGCACUCAGCCAGGGCGUGGAUAGAGCGCAGGCACCCGAGUAUCUGAAUCUAGUCCGCAACGUUGGCAUCGAGCUGAGGGCACUGCUGGGAGCGGUCGACCAGCUGUCGACCAACUUUCCGGCGCAGUGUCACAAGGAGGUGGAAAUGGCGCACAAAGUAUUAUCCAAAGACAUGCACGAACUGGUGACGGCCAUGCGGCUGGCCCAACAGUACAGCGAGACAACGCUGGAUGCCGAUUACCGGAAGAGCAUGCUGGCAGCGGCCCACGUACUGGCGAUGGAUGCGAAAAAUUUGCUCGACGUUGUCGACUCGAUUCGCGUACGCUAUCCGACCCUCUUCCAGCGGCAAACGAGCGUCCCGGGAAGUCCUACCCAGCGGCAGCACCAAGGUGGCACUUCCGCUACCGGCAACUCGACCACCACCGCGUAUCCGUCCACCGUCCAGCCCGCGUUUGUCACCACCCAGCAGCAUUCCUUCGACCACCAGUCGCUCCUGAUGGGGCCCGGUGGCGAGUGCUACCAGAAUCUGCAACCAAAGCAUCAACUGCUGGCUCACAGCUCACCGCCAACAUCACUCACACAUUCCUACGAAGCGACUGCACCGUCGGCGACGACGGCCGCGCCGGCACUGGCGUACGGUGGUCAGCAGCAGAGCGGUAUCUACGACAAUGAGUGCAUCAUAAGCCAGCAGCCGGGUCCGCCGGGUCCGUCGGCCGGCCAGGAGGGCCGGUUGAAAAAACCGGUCAUCGCGGCGAAACCACCGGCAGUCGUGGCGAUGGCAUCGGUAAAGCUGAAACCUGUCGCUGCCGCCGAUCAAUCCGCCGGCAGCACCGAGGGCUGCGAGAUGUACUCCAACACUGGUGCCGUUCCGGUGACGGGACCACCCGUGGACAUUAAGCUUCCCGAUCCCGUCUCGUGCACGAUCGUGCAGGAGAACCUGCUCGCCGCCAACAACCAGAAAGUGAUGGCAACGAACAAACUGUGAAGUGUGACCGCCGCGGGUAUGGGGUAAGAACUCGAGCGCAUCGAGCGGGGACGCACUAUGUUACCUUCACCGUAAUCGGGGUAUAUUGUGGUAUGAUUUGUGUUCGGUUCCGUUUAUGUACCGCGGGAGAAAGCGACAUUUUUCUACUGUUUCACCUCCAUAUACUCAUGUUCUUCUCGAUUGUGUAGCCAAUGAAAAUUCGGAAAAACGAAAAUAGCCAAAGUAUAGAAACAGAGAACUGCGCGGGAGCCACGGAAAAACAAAAAAAUAAGGCGCAGUGGACGAAACGAACUACAUUCUAAUCCGCUUGAAACGCACGGGCGCUUGGUUGUUAGAAGCUAAAGAGGACCGACAAGCUGUGGCUCGAAGUUUUCGAUUCAGGGAGUGUGUCGCGAGAGAGAGAGAGAGAAAGAUGAGAAGUGACACGGAUUCCAGUUUGGUGGAACGAUGGUAGGUCAAAAUUAUAAUACAGAGUGGCAAAUUAAACCAUUAAAAUACCAUAACUAUAAGCACAAAGUGGACGGACAAGGGAAAACAGACAGCAAGUUGUGUAGUAUGGUUUUAAAUAAAAUUGAACAAAACAACUGUCAGCUAAACGGAUCGAGCACUACAAAAUCUGACGGCUUCGUGGUCGGCCGACCUCGGUUGGGUGUCGUAUCGCUUGCAGACUGGUAGAUAGAUGUCUAAUGAGGACCCACAGCCACUGUCUGGACCUCUGGCGGGUGUAAAGCAGGAAUUGCAGAAUCUAAAAGCCCCCAAAACACAACCACCAGCAGCAAUACAAUCGGUUACAGAAGCCGUCGGUUUGUUUCCCUAUUUUUGAAACCCUUUCGCGUAGCCAUGGGGCCAUGGCUUUUCAGAGCCCAAUCUGUCGGUCAAUUUUAUCAAACAUUGUAUCGUAUAAAAUGUGCCCUUCUUGGAGCAACGUUAUGUUUUGCAAAUGCUUUCAAUUCCGACGCCGUGUAAGUAGUAGCUUCAGCUGCGUUUUCCCACCAUUUUCGUUUGCUCUGUAACCAAUUUUACACUAACUCGGUGUCGCUGGGGCUCACUUAUACCUCACUUAUUAAAAAUCUGUACACAGAAGGACGCUAGACGCUUAAAAUAAUGCAUUUACCAUUUGUUCGCUAUCGUCUGUAGCUUGUGGGGUCUCAUGAAUGAUUUUGCUCCGUGUGUGUUUUUGGUUACCUAUCCCGGCGCUGGUCACUCCCAAUGUUAGCUUAAGAUUGCUUUACGUGGCGUACAUAGUCUGUGGCUUUUUUGUUAUGCUGAAAAUAAAGAAAAAGAAAAACAAAUUCAAAAUAGCGAACAGAAGCGCAAGAAACGCAGUAUUCGCAAUGUGCUUAGCUAACGCUUCGAAAGAGCUGCAUAAAGCUGACCUCAACGUUGGGCAGCAGUAAGACAGAACCGGGGCACUGUACAUAGUGAGGAAAGAGUAGCAUAGGAAAUGCGGUUCAUCUAUGCCCAGGUGCAACUUCAUAGCUUCAUGUCUGGGUGGUGGCAAUCAA